AGCGCGAUGUGCGCGCGCAGGUUGGCAGGCGCGCGGGUGCGUGUGUGCGCGUGCCCGUGAUCCGGUGCGGGGUUUUUUCUUUUCUUUCUUUUUUCCCUUUUUUUUUUUUGUCAAUGGUGUUUUAAAGAAGUCGCGCGAAGCAUCACGGGAGGAGAAACGGCACCAUGAGGCUGGUCCUGGUGCAGCCCACCAAUGAGACGAGCCGGGUGGACUCGACCAUGGAGGGGGUCUCGGCGUCCGCCGCCGCCGCACGGAGCGGGAGCGCGCCCGGUGCACGCCACCGGCAGCAGCAGCGGGAGGAGGAGGAGGAGGAGGAGGCGGUGAUGCGGCAUCGGGACUCGCGCGCUGUCCGACAGCAGCAGCAGCAGCAGCAACCGCAAAACGCGCACACGGCUUCAUCAUCCUCAUCCUCAUCAGCGCCCGUUUAUACUCUCCCACCACCGCCGCAGCCGGCCACGCACCGGAGAGCACCGAGCGCGCACGGAGCGCUUCACGCGGACUCAAGCGGCGCUGACCCCGCCCGGUGCGCAUCGCGAUUGGAGGAGGAUCCGUCUCUAGGGAGUCGCUGGAACCACCGUGCGCAGAGCCAAAGCGAGCGACUGUCGUGCAGCUGCGCAAAACAAGGCGCGUCGUUACCGGAGCGGCUGCAACAACAGCACGCGCAGCCAGCCAGCGGCAACCCGUUCAGCGCUCUGCUCGCGCAAAACCCAGCACCAGCACCACCACCGCCACCAUCAUCAUCACCGUCUUCAUCAUCGUUAACGCAGCAUCAGCAGCACCGGGAGCUGCGCGCUCCCGACACCGACGCCGGUGCGCGGCUACAGGUGCAGCAGCAGCGGCUCGUGAGGAGCAGCCUGCCCUGCGUCACACAGCAACACAAACAGGCGCAAUGGCACCGUGACGGACACGCGAACCCGCGCGCCGAGCACGAGCUGCAGCACACCGACCACGCGCAUCAGGUGAGUGCGGAUGGCGGCCGGCUGAGCCAUGCUUGGUCGCGCUCUUCGCUGUCGCCCGGCAGCCCGGCGCUCCCUCAGAUAGCCAUGAACAGCUGCAAGUACAAUGGCGGCGUGGUGAGACCGCUGGGGAGCAGGAACCUGGCCGAUCUGGACUCGGAGACGCAGCCGCUGCAGACGCUCCACACCUCCGGCCUGGAGGUGGUGGUUUCCAAGGGCAACAGCGAUGAGGCCGGCAAGGCGGCUCGCGAGGACGCCGGCAGCAACGCGCCGCACAAGAGGAACAAGGACAUCGGCUAUAAGCUUGGCCACCGGCGGGCGCUGUUCGAGAAGCGGAAACGCCUCAGCGACUACGCCCUCAUCUUCGGCAUGUUCGGCAUCGUCGUCAUGGUGACGGAGACCGAGCUCUCGUGGGGGGUCUACACCAAGGAAUCCUCGUACUCAUUUGCACUGAAAUGCCUUAUCAGCCUCUCCACCCUGAUCCUGCUGGGUCUGAUCAUCAUGUACCACGCCCGAGAGAUCCAGCUCUUCAUGGUGGACAACGGCGCGGACGACUGGCGGAUAGCGAUGACCUACGAGCGCAUCCUGUUCAUCGUGCUGGAGCUGCUGGUGUGCGCCAUCCACCCCAUCCCGGGCCAGUACGUGUUCACGUGGACGGCGCGCCUGGCGUUCACCUACGCGCCCUCGGUGGCCGACGCCGACGUGGACAUCAUCCUGUCCAUCCCCAUGUUCCUGCGCCUCUACCUGAUCGGCCGCGUCAUGCUGCUGCACAGUAAACUGUUCACCGACGCCUCGUCGCGCAGCAUCGGCGCACUCAACAAGAUCAACUUCAACACCCGCUUCGUCAUGAAGACGCUCAUGACCAUCUGCCCGGGCACCGUGCUGCUGGUCUUCAGCAUCUCCUCGUGGAUCAUCGCCGCCUGGACGGUCCGUGUGUGCGAGAGAUAUCACGAUAAACAGGAGGUGACCAGUAACUUUCUGGGCGCCAUGUGGUUGAUCUCCAUAACCUUCCUGUCCAUUGGUUAUGGAGACAUGGUACCACACACCUACUGCGGCAAGGGAGUGUGUCUGCUCACGGGAAUCAUGGGUGCCGGCUGUACCGCUCUGGUGGUGGCGGUGGUAGCCCGAAAGCUGGAGCUGACCAAGGCGGAGAAGCACGUCCAUAACUUUAUGAUGGACACACAACUCUGCAAAAGAGUGAAGAACACGGCUGCUAACGUACUCAGGGAAACGUGGCUCAUCUACAAACACACCAAGCUGGUGAAGAAGAUCGACCACGCCAAGGUCAGGAAACAUCAGCGCAAGUUCCUGCAGGCCAUUCACCAACUGCGCAGUGUGAAGAUGGAACAGAGGAAACUGAACGAUCAGGCGAACACACUGGUGGAUUUAGCCAAGACCCAGAACGUGAUGUACGACCUGGUGUCGGAGCUGCAGGAGCGCAGUGAGGAGCUGGAUAAGCGGAUCGGUCACUUAGAGGAGAAGCUGGACUCCAUCGCUCUGAGCGUCCAGUCGCUCCCCGAGCUGCUGAACCGAGCCAUAACGCAGCAGCAGCGCCACCUGCUGGACGGUCUCAUCCAGCACUCGGCCCACUCGUCUCACUCCUCACACACCAGCUCGGCGUCCGUCCGCCGCCGGAGGUCGCCGUCCACCGCGCCUCACACGUCCUCCGACAGCGGCUGACACACCGCCCCGCGCGGACACGCUCACACACACACACACACACGCGCGCGCGUGCUUCUCGGACCGACGCGGCUCCAGACGACCGGGACUCUCCACACGGUGACACGAACAAAAGACAAACUGACCGUAAUGAGUUCAACGUUCAUGGUAGACUUAUGGUUUACGUUUAGCCAUUGUAUGGCUGUUUAAAGUUAGCUUUUUUGUAAAAGCCCUUGUAUAGUUUACGGACUGGAUCCAGGGUGCCGAGGGGGGAGCUGGACACGCCGCCGGCCGACAGAACCAGGCUUUUUCUCAUCCAGGAGCAGGAAGGACAGCGGAGUGACCCGACCCAGGGGCCUUUGGGAGCUCUGAACCUCAGCGAGGAGUAAAAAUGAUUAAAAAUGAUUUACACACGGAUCAGUCGCCCAGAGGAACGCCACGCCGCCCAGAACUCAGACCCCUCCGUUUACAAAGCAUGCUGGGUAGGAGUCCCACCUUAAAUCGGAUCACUGUGCGCGUCUGUCGGCGGGUCGCGUGUCGGGUUUUACAGCUCGUGCACUUUGUACGUCGGGGGUUUUCUAGAACAUUCCUCUUUUAUUUUUUAUUCUGAACGCAAGUGCCCGAUAAUAUUAGAAUUCUCUGUGUUCCAGGCAUGUGCGGAUAAUAAUCACCCGAGCGACGGUUACGCUGAAUAUUCACGGCUGGUCCGGUGGUUGUGGUGGUUCCUCCGUCAGGAUAUAAACACGCCGAGCUCCACGGCUAACAAGAUUCUAUAGAU